ACCGUGCAUUGUAUUGUUUUCAGUUUUUAUUCGCACUCGCUACGAAGUUGCCGUGACCCGGAGCGCCAUGCCGCACCUCGCGCCGAUCUAAACGAAGCCUCGUGUUUUCUAUUAAGUUUGUUGUUAUACUCUGAAGCAGUGAAGUGCUGCGAGCGACCAUGGCUCGCUUGACGGAGGAGAUGGUGAUAGCGCGUUCCAAACAGUCGGAUUUGUCGUCUAUAAAGAAGUUGAACUGCUGGGGCGCGGAGCUAGGUGACGUCAGUCUACUGCGGCGGAUGCCAAACGUAGAGGUGCUAGCCUUCAGCAUAAACAAGAUCCGCAGCCUACAGGACUUCGCCGGCUGCCGGCUGCUGCGAGAGCUGUACGUCCGCAAGAACGAAAUCAAGGACCUGCGGGAGAUCAGGCACCUGCGGCACCUCCCGGCGCUCACCUCGCUCUGGCUCGACGAGAACCCCUGCACACACCACCCACAGUAUCGACUAACAGUGCUCCGUAACCUGCCGCGGCUAGAAAAGCUCGACAAUGUCGUCGUGCAACAAGAGGAGUUGGAGGAGGCGCAGCGGCGAGGCUCGCUCAUCGACUCAGACGAUGAAGGAUACCCACAACAACAGGAAGCGUACGCGGAGAGCGUGCGCAGCGGCGGCAGCGCGCGCCGCGCCGCCCUCGCGCGCUCCAGCGACUCCAGCCCCGAGCGCGACGAGCGCGAGCGCGAGCCCGCCGCCCGGGACCGCCGCCCCGGCCCCUACCGGGACCACCAUAACAGCAGGCACGAGCAGGAGCCUUAUCGGGACCAUCAGAGGCAUGAACAGACGCACGCCGCGCCCGGCAGCGACGGCUCGGAGGGCGCGCCCGAGCCCGAGCGGCACGACCAGCAGUGUCCACUGUCCCCCGCGCGGCGCGCGCCCGACGACGAGCGCCUCGAGCACCCGGCCGGCGCCGCCGUGACGCGCUCGCAGUACGACCCGCGCUGGGCGCGCGAGGCGCCGCUGCGGCACUCCGUCUCCGCGCACAGCGUCAAGGAGUACGCGUACGCGAUGAACGGCGACUGCAGACUCGGCGUGACGUCACCGCACGAGCAGUACUGCGAGCGAGGUGACAACAGAUCAGAAUACACACCCAGCACCGUAGGCCGAGGCGAAUGGGAGCGUGAGCGAGACAGGGAGCCCCCGCGCGAGCGAGACGCACAUAGCGCGGGAUUCACCUCCGCCGUCAUGGGGGAACAUCGCGGGUUCACCCGCCGACCCGUCACUAGGAAUUCGAACCUGCUGUCGGCCGUGCUGUGCCUGGUGAAGGAGCUCGACUACCCGUCGCUGGAAGUCGCCGAGAUGGCCGUCAGAUGCCGCAUGGACGAGCUCGCCAACGCGCAGUGACCCGCGCCCUCCCCCCGCCCCUCCCCCUCCCC